UCGCGGUUGUCGCGGGUGGAUUUAUUAGCCUUCAACCAGCCUCCUUUCACGAUAUUACGUUCUCCCCAGGCUUAAUCUGCUACGAGGCCACAGCCAUGGAGAGCAGUUGGUCCAUUCCGUAUCGCACCGCUUCGCUCGUCCCCUUCUGGGGCCCGCAGACUUCUGCCGUCAACUUCUGUGAAGAGGACUACAUCAUUACCCACUAUGUCGCCGAAUUCUUCAACACCCUCACCAGUCUGGCCUACAUUGGCUACGGAAUCCACGGAAUCAACCGACUGAGACGCCGUGAUGUCGGGCCCUUCUCCGCCGUCAACCUCCCUUACUGGGGCCUCAUCGGAGUUGGCAUUUUCUCCGGCCUGUACCAUUCCACCAUGAAGUACCACACGCAAAUGGCGGACGAAAUGUCCAUGCACCUAGCAAUGGGCUGCGUCCUAAUCCAACUCUUCACCUUCCAACAACCACCCCACCUCGCCCGGCGCAACGCAGCCAUAAUCGUGAUAGGCCUCGCGUCCUUCGUAACCUACCACUGCCUCACAGACGAAUUCGUCCUGCACGUCAUCCUCUUCUUCAGCCUGUCCGUGCUCGUAGGCCAAAAGACGCGCGCCAUCAUCCGCUCGACUGUCAAAUCGCAAGCCCACCGGGACGCCAUGUCGUCUCUCGCGACCGUGGCGACGUGCACGGCACUUUUCGCCUACGGCCUCUGGAACAUUGAUGUCAAUUUUUGCCCUACGCUUACGCGGUGGAAGCGGCAGGUGGGCAUGCCGCUGGGUGUGGUGUUGGAGUUGCAUGGCUGGUGGCAUAUCCUGACGGCGAUUGCGAGUUAUAUUUUCAUGGCGCUGGUGGAGUUUUUGACUUAUGCGCAGCAUGAGGGGACGCAUGGGGUUGGGUUUGCGUGGCCUGCGAAGAAGGUUUUGGCGGGCCUUGUGGCGAAGGAGGAUGAAGGGGUGAAUGGCAAGGCGGGGAACGGAAGUCUGAAUGGGCAUGCGAGCAAGACGAAGAGCACUUGACAGAGUGCGGUGAGCGAAUUGAAGAUAGAGAAUAUGCUUGGCUAGACUCGUAUAAGGUAGACAUUAGAUAUAUCAAAGGG